UCUCUGCAAAUGCGCCACCAAAAUCUCUCCUUUAAUGGCGGCCUUGUCUCACCUCUCCUUCAUCCCCAACCUCCCUCCAACCAAAGUCAAGACCUUUAACUUGAAGGUCACCUCUUGCCUUUCUCUAAAGCAAUCCAAUGACCCAGCUCUCGCUUCCCAUAACGACGCCGUCUCAUCCGACACCCUCCGCGUCGUCUUCGCCGCCGGCGGCACCGGCGGCCACAUAUACCCCGCCGUCGCCAUCGCCGACGAGCUCAAAUCCACCAACCCCAACGCCCACAUUCUCUUUCUCGGCAUACCCAGAAGCAUGGAGAGCAAGGCCGUCCCCAACGCCGGCUACGACUUCGCCGCCCUCCCCGCCGCCAAGCUCCGCCGCCCGGUUCUGUCGCUUGGAAAUAUAUUCCUUCCUUACUACUUGGUCAAGUCGGUUAUCUGGAGCUACUUUAAACUGCGGGAGUUUGAUCCCCACGUGGUGAUCGGCACCGGCGGGUACGUGUCUUUUCCGGUGGGCAUUGCGGCGGCGCUGAGAGGAGUGAAGCUUGUGAUUCAAGAACAGAAUGCUGUUCCGGGAAUAGCCAACUGGUUGCUGUCGUUUUUGGCUGAGGUUGUGUUUGUGGCUUUUAAUUCGACCAUUGAUUGUUUCCCAAGUGGGAAGAAGUGUGUGGUGUGUGGGAAUCCGGUGAGGUUGUCUUUGAGGAAGAAUGUGUCCAAGGCCGCUGCGAGGGGGCGGUUCUUUCCCAACGCCGGCGAGAUUGGGGAGGAGGUGAAGGUGGUUUUGGUGCUUGGUGGGUCUUUAGGGGCUAAUGCUGUAAACAUUGCUUUGUUGAAUUUGUAUUAUCAGAUGUUGUUGGAGAAGGAGGACUUGUUCAUUAUAUGGCAGACUGGAGUUGAGGCCUAUAAUGAGAUGGAGAGCCUUGUUAAGAACCAUCCGCGGCUGCUUUUGAAGCCGUUCAUGCAUAAAAUGGAUUUGGCAUUUGCGGCUGCAGACCUAAUUGUUUCACGAGCCGGUGCAAUGACUUGCUAUGAGCUCUUGGCAACUGGGAAGCCUUCCAUUCUGAUACCAUCUCCAGAUGCUGCUGAAGGACAUCAAUUCAGAAACGCCACAUUGAUGGCAGACUUAGCGGGUGCAAGGGUUAUAACUGAAGAUGAACUUGAUUCAACAACACUUGGAAAUGCAAUAGAAGAGAUAUUAGGGGAUGAGAGUAUAAUGGCAGAUAUGUCUGAGAGGGCUCUGAAAGCUGCAAACUUCAAUGCCUCUGAAAAGAUUGCACAGCACGUUCUUUCUCUAGUCAGCUCAUCAAGACCAAAAAAGUAGAGUUCAAGGUGGUUUAUAUCCUUCAUAAGCGUUAAAUCCUGCAUCCACGCUCCAUUACAGUUGACCAAAAUUAGUUAAUUUGUUAUAUGCAGAAGGGUUCCAAUUCCAUAGAAGUUGAGUUCAGGAAGUUGCCUUCAUCCUUCUGGCAAAGGGUUUGAUGAGGGCCUUGGUAGCUAGGAAAGUCGAGUCAGGAUCUUCAUGUUAGAUUUACAUAAAUUCUUUUCCAAGCUGUUCCUAAAAUGGUUAGAGGCUGCAUUCUGUGGUGUGAUGAGGAAGAGGUCAUAUUCACCAAAAGAGUGAUUUUAUUUAAACUGAUUCUGAAAAGAGACUGAUUUUAUUGUUGUAGCCUUCUUCUCUGUAUGCAAAGGAAAUC